AUGUUUCAGCUUAAACUCUAUUCGGCAUCGGUGACUGCACUCUUCAAGAGUCUCUCCGAUGUACCGCAUGUUGAUCCGAGCCAUCAGACCGCGCUACUCUCAUCAUUCAAUGAUCUCAAAGUGGCAUUAGACUAUCGAAGGAGUUCGGAUCGCGAAGAAUUUGUAAAAGAAAUGGCUAGAGUGCUUAAAGCGCAAUCAUCUGAUCUUCAAGUAUGGCAAAGAGCGCAUUCUGAAUUCUUCGCUUCGAUUGACUCCAAGGAGAAAUUCUUCACUGAACCGCCAGAUUUUUAUUUCGAAGGUCAAAAUCAGAAACGAUUUAAGUUUCUAAUCGGGGUGAACAGCACUGCAAAAAUCGGAUAUAAUACUAGAGACGAGUACCAUAUCUAUGCCGAAUACGUGCAAACUAUACUUGGAGGGUAUUAUUCAAUCUACAAAAUCAUUCACGGUGGUGGUUGCACCGAAACAGGAAUUCCGGAUCCGAGUCACAUUACGACCAAUCAUUCGGUGACUAUUUUAUCAACACCGGGAAGCGGGCCGGAAUUCGCCAAAGAACUUGUCAAGAACAUUCCGUUUCCAUUAGCGAGCCAACAAUUUCAAUUCUACGACGACAACUUUGUUAAACAAGGAAUUUUCCGUGGGACCGUGUGUGACGUGGAGGGAGCAUUUAUUGACCAUAAUCAGUUGAGAGAGUACAUGUCUCGUUUCUGGAUCAGAUGGAGGCGGAAUAAUGAGAACGGAACAUUCCAAGAGCUUGUGAAUACACCUGAUAUGUACAUAUUCCGGUUCACAAUCCCCUUGGUUUUCAACAAUAUCACAGCUCAUUGGGACUACAAGAUCCGAUGCGAUUAUAAUUUGCAUGGAUAUUUCAAGUGGUACGUCACAUUGAUGGAAUUGAUUUGCCCAAAGGAGCUUCUUGCUCGAUCCCUUCGAAACGUCUAUCUUACGGAUAUCAUGUACAAGACGAAAGAAGCAAUUAGGGAGCUUUUGUUGCCAACGAGCAACCGAUGGAAGUCCCGAUUUGAUUUCAAUGAUGUAUAUGAGAAAAUGAAAGAAGGCGAACCGAAGAUUAUCGUCUGCGACGAGAAAUUCGUCGGCGUAUCGAAAACCAUGUGGCAUUUGUAUACGAACAGUACCGGAAAUGUUACAAUCGAUACCUCAAUUCUUUUCCGUGGAAGACCUUUCCGAUUCCGUGUCACAACCGACGUUUACGAAGAAAAACAUUUUCGAGUCAACUGGGAUUUCGACAUCGCCUUUGAUCUGCUUAUGGCAAGCUUCUUCCUCGAAAAAUUGGUAAUAUCAUGCCCAUUCUUUGUUUAA